AUUUGAACCACAAUGCUUGUUCUCAAAGUCAUUUGAUAUUGCAAAGUGAUGGGAAAUAUUUCUAUUUAAAAAGAAAAAUGGCUGAGGAGUCCUGUCCCGUGUCCCUGUCUGAGCUGUGUCUGGCCCAGGUGUGUCUCAGCCUGGACUCCCUCUGCAGUACGCAACCAGAUGGCUCCCUGAGGCUCAGCUGGGCCCCACUGCUCCCACAGGAAAUGGCGGAUCAGCUACUGCACAAGAUGGCUGCCCAGGGCAGGCUAAACGACAGAACAGUCGGUAUCUUCCGCAGCUGUGAACAACUCCGUCUGCGCAGAGCUUGUGUCCGCUCCUCUCCCCUCUCUGCAGAGGCCUUCCGUCUGGCCCUCUGCCCUCACCGGCUGCAGGAGCUGGAUGCUUCUGGGGUCCCUGGGGGCCUCACUGGUGCCCACAUCCUCUCAGGCCUGGCCUCCAACCCGGAGUGCAGAGCCAGCCUGCAGAGGCUCACACUGAGCAGGCUCCAGUUGGGCUGGACGUCCCUGGAGGUGAAGGAAGAGCAGGUAGGCUUCAGCUCUCUGCAGGGCCUGAGGACACUUAACCUGGCCAACACAGACCUCACAGACCCCUUCCUGGAGGACAUCUGUACUCUCCCACAGCUAGAGGUCCUGGACAUCUCCAGCACCCUCGUCACGGAGCUGAGCGCCCUGCUGGGUUGCCGGCUUACCCUGAGAUCCCUGACUGCCCACGGGCUGAGGCAGCUGGACAUGUCACCCGCCAGAGUGAUCUCCAUCCUUAGCCAGCUCCACGCCCUCAGGCACCUGGACCUCUCUGACGACCGCUUCGUCUCUGCACCACCAUCCGCAGAGAAUGACGAAGGGGGAGAGGGGGAUGAAGCGGUGAGGCUGCUUCUGGAGGGGGGUUCUGGGAUUCUCCCAGCACUUGUGUCUCUGGAUGUGUCUGGAAGGAAGAAGGUGACUGAAGGGGCGGUCACUGCCUUCGUCGAGGGGAGGAGAGGGCUUUUGUUCCUGGGGCUUCUGGCUACUGGGGCUGGCUCCUGUGACGUUCUGUCUGGGAAGAAUAACUUAAAGGUGGCCGGGGAGGCCAAUGAGAAACAGAUCUGUGAAUCUCUGAGGAGGUACAGAGAGAGAGAGUGUUUCACACGCGAGGCCCUGGUCCAUCUCUACCAGCUGACUAACGACAUGUACGACCAGACCAGACCAGACAUCCUGAAGCUGGUGUUGGGAGGGAUGCAGAACUACUCAGAGUCUCUCCAUGUCCAGCUGGUGGCCUCAGCCUGCGUCUUCAACCUGACCAAUCAAGACAUGGCUGUGGGCAUGCCCCACCCCCUGCUCAGCGCAGUUGUGCAUCAGGUGCUGGAAGCCAUGAGAAGCUUCCCCAGCCACCAACAGUUACAGAAGAACUGCCUGCUGGUGCUCUGCAGUGACACCAUCCUUCAGGACGUCCCUUUUGACAGGUUCGAAGCAGCCAAGCUGGUGAUGAACUGGCUCAGCGGUCACGUGGACCGGACCCUGCAGAGGAUGGCUGUGGCCGUCAUCUCCAUACUAGUGGCCAAACUGUCUACAGAGCAGACCACACAGCUGGGGGCAGAUAUAUUUAUUAUGAAGCAGCUGCUGGGUAUAGUGCAUCAGAAAGCCAUGGCAGGAGUAGUGGACUCCACUCUGAAGUUUGCCCUGAGUGCUCUGUGGAACCUGACUGAUGAGACACCCACUGCCUCGCGACACUUCAUCCAGUGUCAGGGCCUGGAGCUGUACGAGGAGGUGCUGGAGACCUACUCUUCUGAAUCUUCUAUACAGCAGAAAGUUCUAGGUCUUCUGAACAACAUAGCAGAGGUGGAAGAGCUGCAGGCAGACAUGAUGCAGGAGGACCUGUUGGAGCAUGUAGUGACCCUGCUCCAGGGGCCCCAGGUGGAGGUGGGGGUCAGCUACUUUGCUGGGGGCAUCCUGGCCCACCUCACCUCCAGACAGGAUGCAUGGACCCUAGACCAGGGGCUCCGACAAACCAUACUGGAACAGCUGCAUGCUGCCAUACUGACCUGGGCCCUCCCUGAGCGUGAGAUGGUGUCCUACAGGUCGUUUCGGCCGUUCUUCUCCUUGCUUCAGACCUCUCAGCCUGCUGGAGUGCAGCUAUGGGCUGUCUGGGCUAUGCAUCUCGUCUGCACUCAGAACGGUGUGCAGUACUGCCAUAUGCUCCAGGUGGAAGGGGCAGUGGAACUCCUAAAGACAUUGUCCUCUGACCUUGCCACCCACAGCAAUGUCAGAGGGAUGGCAGAGAGCAUCCUGGGUAUGGUGGAGCGCCACCAGACCACCAGCAAUCCCCUGAGAACACAGACAGAAAAGGGACAUCAUGGGAGGUCAUGAUGGAUCUGUGACCCUUGACCCCUUAGUCACAGGUGUGUUAAAAUAUGAAUGGGAUCUGACAUCUCUUUCUGUGUACAGUCGACGAUAUGUAUUUUGUAGUAGUUGCAUUGGUGGGAAUUAGGAUAAUAAAUGUUAAUAUAUUUGUUAAAUGCUCAGAAAGACACUUUUUGACAUCGGACUCCUCAAUACCUAGCUGUAGAAAUAAUUUUUCAACAUUAACAUUCUAAAAGAUCACUGGAGUUGUUCUAGAAGUAAGUGACCUUGA